UCACAGUCAGACUGACUCUCUCUGUCUGUCGGUGUCGACCUCACUCAGUGCGAGUCUCUCAGGAACCAGCACACCAGUCGUGAUGCAGCGGUCUUUCCUCCGCCGGAGCGCGCUGCUCGCCCAGCAGACUGCAGCGGCCCUCGAUGGCCCUUUGGCCGCCAGGAGCGCGCCGCUCCUGCAGCGCCUGGAUCGGUCCAUGUCCUCCGUCACCAUCCCCCCGCCGGCGUGCAUGCUGAGGCCGCUCGAGGCUCCGAUGCGUUACUUAUUCGGACCGGGACCCUCAAACGUGCCUCCACGUAUUUUGGCAGCAGGGUCGAAGCCAAUAAUUGGUCACAUGCACCCGGAAAUGUAUGAGAUCAUGAAUGACAUCAAGAGAGGGAUCCAGUACGCCUUUCAGACCGAGAACAACAUGACGAUAGCCAUGAGCGGCUCCGGGCACGCGGCUAUGGAAUGUGCGGUGUUCAACACGGUGGAGCCCGGAGAGAGCGUGCUCGUCGCCGUCAACGGAAUCUGGGGAGAACGCGUUGCAGAAAUUGCAGAAAGAAUGGGUGCCAAUGUACAUAGAAUGGUUAAAACUCCAGGAGGAUAUUUUACUAAUAAGGAAAUUACACAGGCCAUAGAAAAACACAAGCCCGUCCUGUUUUUCCUCACACAUGGAGAGUCCUCCGCCGGACUCUGUCACCCAGUAGAUGGCAUUGGGGACAUCUGCAGAAAACAUAACUGCCUCUUUCUGGUCGACACAGUUGCUUCACUUGGAGCAGCACCAAUUUUUAUGGACAAGCAAAAUAUUGACAUCCUGUACACUGGCUCUCAGAAGGCCCUGAAUGCGCCUCCUGGCACAGCCCCCAUCUCGUUUAAUGACAGAGCAUGCCACAAGAUGUUUAACAGGAAAACAAAACCAGUGUCCUACCUCUUUGACAUGACACAUUUAUCCAACUACUGGGGCUGUGAUGGCCAACCAGCCAGAAUUUACCACCACACUGGUCCUGUGUCUGGAUUCUUCGCUCUGAGAGAGGGUCUGGCAAUUCUUGUUGAGAAGGGGCUGGAGGAGUCCUGGAAGAAACACAAGGAGGUGGCAGCCUAUCUGUACAGAGGACUGGAAGACCUGGGCCUCAAGCUCUUCGUCCCUGAAAGGGAUUUAAGGCUUCCAUCCGUCACCACUAUUGCCAUCCCUGACGGUUACGACUGGAGGGAGUUGUUGAUGUACAUCAUGAAACACCACCAGAUGGAGAUGACUGGAGGCCUGGGUCCUUCCAUUGGCAAGGUGAUGAGGAUUGGAUUGAUGGGAUACAACUGUGAGAAGACCAACGCUGACAUGGCACUUCACGCCCUGGCAGACGCUCUCAAGAACUGCAAAAAGAGCAAAGCUUAACAGAGCUUAACAUCUGGGGCAAUGCAUGCAUUUUAGUCGUACGUGUGUGCUUUGUCCCGCAGAGAUUUUAUAAAUAUAUAAAUAAAAAAACACAGGCAAUGUAAAUGUGCCUUUAUAGGUGAAGUAGUUAGUAGUAAAAAAGACAGUUAUGUAGUGGUCCAGACUGAGUGCACUGUAUAAUGUCAAUAAAGUGUGCUUUAUUUUAUUAGACAUGUCUGUGUGCUUUAAAUUAGUAUUGACAUUUAUGCAACUUUCAUACUUCCACUCCACUACAUGUCAGCUACUACUGUCUGACAGCUUUGACCCUUUGGCCCUUUAUAGAUGACAGUUUAAACCGCGUAUCUGCAGAUGUGUUAAUGUUGAAUUUUUCUGAAGAACUGUUCCUUAAUUUCAUAUUCUAAAUCAAAUCUUUAAAAACCCUCUCACAAAGCUGAAACUAUUUUGCUGAGGUUAUACAAAGUGGACUUUUUAUGGCUAUCACAGACAUAUGUCGACCUUAUAGAAUACGAUGCAUUGCUGUAGAUAAAAGUACAAAACUGAGUAAACAUUUUACUGCA